AGGCUGGGGACGGGCAGGCUGCGCGGGCCCUUUAACUCGGUCUGCCAAGGAAUCCGGGAUAUUUCAAUUUGAGCUUCCUGGGUCAGACGCUGCUGCCGCCUCCAUAGCUCCAUUGUGAGCCGGGAGCUUGGGCUGAGCCGCUGCUGCUCCGCGGGGUGUGUGCGGGGAGAGCCCUUCCCUAGCGCCCCUCUGUGCCCAGCCGGGGGGACUUUCUGCGGGGGCUGGAACCAGCCCCUGGGGCAGCCCCGGGCUCUGCCGACCCACCCCUGAGCCGGAGCCUGCAGGCUGGAAAAUAACAUCCAGGUUUCACUCCACAUUUUCCCACUCUCCCUGGGGAUAGUGAAGGGAAAUGGCUGCAGUGUAACAGGCACAGGCUCAGGUUGGCCACCCCUGUUCCAAACCAUAGCAGAAGUUGGCAAACCGGUCUGUCCUAAACAAAGGAAUGUGUGCUCUGCUUCAUGAGCAUUUAUGCAAUAACUAGAGUCAUCGAGCAGGAAGGGAGACAAAGGGAGUGCAAGCAGGAUUUCCCAUUCCCAUACUUGUGAUCUCCCAGGGAAGAGACAUGGGUCCAAGAUCUCCAGGACUCUGAGGAAAGGGAGAUCCUGAGAAACAGCCACACAGGUGAUGGGAUGGUGAGUGAGAACAAGGAGGAGCAUCCUCAGCAGGGAGGUCCUGGUCAAAUGGAAGCACAGAGAACAUUAUCGGGAAGAUCUGAAGGGGAUGUGUCCUGGAGUCCUGAGCAGGGAGAAGCCUGCGGAAAUCAGCACAGGCCAGAGGCACAGCAGGGAACCUCCUCAGGGGAGAGACAACAGGGUGAAUCCACUGACCAGGGGGUUGGUUUGAAGGACCUUCCUGAAGACAUGAUCCAGCCAGGAAUCUGCACUAAAGGGAAACUGUAUGAAUGUGCUGAGUGCGGAAAAAUCUUCAGUAAUGACUCAUCCCUGAUUGUUCAUCGGAGAGUUCACACAGGAGAGAGACCCUAUAACUGUUCGGAGUGUGGGAAAUCCUUCACUCGGAGCUCCACCCUUGUUGUGCAUCAGAGAGUGCACACAGAAGAGAAACCCUAUAAAUGCCCCGACUGCGGGAAAAGCUUCAAGCGGAGCUCAACCCUUAUUUCACACCAGAAAAUCCACACAGGAGAGAGACCUUAUAACUGCCUUGAAUGUGGGAAAGGCUUCAGUGAACGCUCAAACCUAAACAAACAUCAGAGAAUCCACACAGGAGAGAAACCCUAUAACUGCCUUGAGUGCGGGAAAAGUUUCACUUGGAGUUCACACCUCAUUAAACAUCAGAGAAUGCACACUGGAAAGAUGCCCUAUAAUUGCCCUGACUGUGGGAAAGGCUUCAGUGACAGCUCAGCUGUUAUUAGACAUCAGAGGAUCCAUACUGGAGAGAGACCCUAUAAAUGCCUCGAAUGUGGGAAAAGCUUCAAGCAGAGCUCAAACCUCAUGAAUCAUCAGAUAAUCCACACAGGAGAAAAACCCUAUUACUGCCCUGAAUGUGGGAAGGGGUUCAGUCGGAAGGCUCACGUCAUUUCGCACCGGAAAAUACACAGGGUAGAGAGAUCCUUUAACUGCCUUGAGUGUGGGGAAAACUUCUCUAGCAGCUCUGACCUCAUUAAACAUCAGAAAACCCACACUGGAAAGAUAUCAUAUAAAUGUUCUGUCUGUCAAAAAAGCUUCAAGCAGAGGUCAGAACUUAUUUCACAUCAGAGAGCUCACAGAAAGAGAAACUAUAAAUGUUCUGUCUGUGGGAAAAGCUACAAGGGGAAGGUCUCUCUAAUGUCCCAUCAGAAACUCCACACAGGCUAGCAGGUGGCAGGAACUCUCAGUAUGGGGCAAUGGGUCUGUGCCCUCGUGAAGCGAAGAGUGAAUGUCCUUCAUUGGUGGAGGGUCCGUGUAGGGGCAGCAAGUGGAUGAAGGGUUCUGGUUUCAAUGGGGGAUAGUUGGCAGUGGCAGAGGAGGAGGAAGCACUAGGGAGCUGUGUGAUUUCAGGGUCUGAGGGGAGCAGGUGAUGGGAUUAGUGGAGGACAUUUCUGUAGGUUCUACAUGCCCUUUCCAGUUUAGAAGAGAGGUAAAAAUGCCCCAUUGCAGUUUGUCUGAGUUGUCUCUGCAGCUCCUAGGGCAUCUCGGGAUAGGGACAGGGGAAUGUUAUUCAGGGAAGUAGCAAGGGGCCCUCUGGGGCUAUAGUUACAAGGCAGUAACAGCUGCCGAUCUGAACUAACAGGAUGUCGGAGCACUGCUCAGUGUAUUGGACAUCUAUGCAGUCAUGAGUGAUGGGGGCAGCUGGAGAUUGGGGAAUUCACCAUGGAAAUUCCCCAGAGAGGUGGGAACUCUGGGGGAUGCCCUUUUAGGAGUGUGGUCUAGUGGUUAGAGGGGACAGUGGGGGAAAUGAGUUAGGACUCCUGGGUGUGAGCUAGUGCCAGUGACUUCCUGUCCUCUCUCUGUGUCCAUUUCUCCCAUCUCUACAGUGGAGAUAAUAGUGUGCAACUCCUUGGAGCGUUGUGAGGGUUCGGUAAUUACUGUGUGUUCUGUAGCUCAGGAGAAUGCAAGUAUUUGGGAGGGAAAACAUCGUUAUUUUUAUUAUUGUUAUUAAUGUGUUUUCAUAGAAUCACAGAAAUGCAGGGUUGGAUCAUUGAUGCUGGAACUAGGGGUGCUGCCAAACUCCCUGGCUUGAAGCGGUUUCUAUUGUAUACAAGGUUUAUAGUUUAGUUCAAUGGCUUGCAGUGGUGGUGAAGCACUGGAAUGCGUUACCUAGGGAGGUGGUGGAGUCUCCUUCCUUGGAGGUUUUUAAGGCCCGGCUUGACAAAGCCCUGGCUGGGAUGAUUUAGUUGGGAAUUGGUCCUGCUUUGA